AAGACACGCCGUAGGUUUUGGUCGUGCUCUGUCGCAUCUUUGCCAUACACCAGGAUAUCGUCAACAAUGAUAGCGCACGGUAGGCCAGCGAACAGCUGUUCCAUGGUCCUCUGGAAAACUUCACUGGCAGAGUUGAUACCAAAUGGCAUUCGCAGAAACUUGAAUCUGCCAAACGGGGUACAAAACGUGGUGAGGUUUGAUGACUCAUUGUCCAGCGGUAUCUGCCAGAAAGAGCGCUUUGCACCGUGGACAGAGAAGACGGUGGCCUGUCCAAUCUGAGCCGCAACAUCCUCAACUGUCCUCAUGGGCUAGUGGGGGCGCCUGAUGGCAUGCUUCAAGUCUUUUGGAUUGAUGCACACACGGAUUUCAUUGUUAUCCUUUUUGAGAGUAGCAACCAUGGUGGUACCCUACCCAGUGGGCUCGCUGACUGCUUCCAGCACGCCCAUGGAGACCAUACUGUUUAACAUGGACUCAACCCUGUCCCUCAUGGCGUGUGACACACGGUGUGGUGCACGAACAACAGGUACCACCUUGGGGUCGGUGGAUAUCUUGCAGGUCACAGGCAGUAGUCACUGACUCCAGACUGCUAUCGAUCUCCGUAGCAUAGGAAGUGGGUGGUAGUAUAAAUGAUACAGUAAGGUGGGGUUAGUGAUGCUGAGCUAUAUAUGAUUGGUUGCAUGCAUAAACCAAUCUACAGUAGUUGAUACUGAGAUUAUAUACAAUGAGUACUUUUGCAGUCAGUUCCCAUGAACCCAGUUUCUAUUACCCACCACUGGUGCAUGUAACCUGUGUGCCAUCAAUGCAAAUUGGAUAUUAUCUGAUUGAUGAAUUGGGGAACACUGUAUUAUGCAAGCCAAAUUGAGUAUAAUGGGAACAGAUAAUCACUUAAAAGUUAAUUUAGAAAUUGGCAAGUAGAAAAAAAGCUGUAUAGGGGGCAAAGAAUGUCUUCCUGCAGUAAUCAGACAGCAUUGAUUCAAUCCCAGCUGCUACUUUCACCAUUGAGUCCAGUCCUGUGGGGAAAAAAAUUAACAAUUGAGUGAAACUGUAGCCCUCUAACCCCCUUUGCCUCUGUGACAUAAUUGUUUUGCUAAAGUGACCUUCAAUCUAGAACAUGAGGUUUCAUAGAAUCACCUUAUUGCAGAAAUACUUGCAAUUGUCACACAACUGUUCCUUCACGAUGUGCAAAAUCAAGGUGUUCCUUGUGAAAUCCUGUGAAUGUUCUUUCUCUGGACAUGAUUUAUGCUCAUUGUCAAAUAAAAAUGCUUCCUGGGCACGUUUGUUUGUAAGACUUAUCAAAACGCAUUUAUUAAUACAUGGAAGUAAUGCAUGGAAGAGAUUGGUUCUCCCUGCUUCUGGAGCUGGGGGUCUGUUGAGAGUGAGUGAACAGGCAUGGCGAGCAUUGAGGUAGAAGGUUAAAAGGUACAAAUAUUAACCUUUAUUUUAAACUGGUGCAAGGGUCUGUGCUAAGGGGAGAGUAAAUGAGUGGAGACCAAGUCAAGUGCAGAUUGACAGGUUCUUGAUUAUUAAGGGUGUCAAAGGUUAUGGGGAGAAGCCAGGACAAUGGGGCUGAGGAGGGAAAAAUAGAUCACCAUGAUUGAAUGGCAGAGCAUGUCUGUUCUAUCUCGGAUGGAAGAAUCUAGAAUAAAAUAGAUGGCCGUUUAUUGUCAUACAAGGUUCAAACAAAAUGACUAAUCUAACUACUCUCAACGUUCGAUGGUGAUACUGUAAUUUUACUGAUUACUGUUGCUAAUUCUGCAACGAUCAAGUUGACCAGUAACUAACUUGGAUUAUGUGAGGUUAGAGACGGUAUCCUGCAACAAACCACUAUGGAACACACUCCACUUCGGGAUAGUUGCUGCUCCAAUAUACAAGGGCAUCAGUUUUUUGGUACUCCAUCUACCACCCCAAAGCCAUUAAUUACCUCCACUAUCCAAGCAGUGGGGAGCCUCAUGCAAAGUGAAAUGCAGUUACUUUCACUACCAUCCGCCCCCCAAUACCAUCAAACAGUUCUUCCCAAAUCUCUUCACACUUUUACAGUAGUGGAGACAAGAAGAAGUGAUGAUGAAUCACGCAUACUUCUCCGAGGCUGCUGGUAAACAGUGCAAGCUUCUUAUCAGUUUCAUGAAUGAUGGUGUCCAGUCUACGCCUGGGAUUCGAGUCAAUGUGGAGUUUCCAGGUAUGUAGCCGUGUGAAUGAGACAGUACAGUGGAGGUUCACUAUUGCAAGCUGAUUGUCUGAAGACAAUCAAAGACUUGAUUAACUCGAUCAAUGAGAGACUCAAAAUCCUCCCAAAUCACAUUCCAUUCAUUGGUGACAGUGCAACAGCUGGCAUUCCCCAUAUGUGGAGUUAAACAGUAUCCAGGUCAGCCUGAUAGCUUGCACCCUGGGGAGAGGGUUCAGGAGAUGGAAGGCCAGCGGAGCCCAAAGUAGACCAAGAAUUCCUUUACAACAAACUCAAUGUCUGAAACAACACAAUGGGGACAACUGCUAUGUGUAGGAAGGAACUGCAUAUGCAAAGAUAGACACAAAACGUUGGAGUAACUCAGCGGGACAGGCAGCGUCUCUGGAAAGAAGGAAUGGGUGAUGUUUUGGGUCGAGACCCUUCUUCACAGUCUGAAGAAAUAUGCGCUGAAUUCAUACUCAAAAUGUGCAGCAAAGUUUUUAGAUCUUUGUCCAACAGGUAAAAAUGUUGAAAACUAUGGUAUUCAAAUGAAUGCCCAAGAUUAGACAAACAAGAAACUCCUAGCUGUACUCAUUGCAAAUCCCUUCAUAAUGCUGAACAGCUCAAGCAUCCUUUACCCUCCAACCUAAUUUUUAUAUAUAGCCUGCAGUUUUUGGGCAAGUAUCAUCAACAUUGAUCCAUUUCAACAGCCUGAAUCUCCACACUUUCCACUCAAUGCUAGAAUUAAUUAAUUUCUUGCAUGAAACGGCCAUUGUCAUUGGACCCAAUGGGAAGAAUGGUGAGUUGUUCCAAUGUCACCUAACCAACAUUAGUCCCUUGGGAAUACAUCAAUGAUCCAAUUGUCAAAUUGAUCCUUUAAGAAACGUUAUUCUCUAUUCCAGUUUCUUCACCAUUCCCAUUUUAUUCCCCCUUUAAUGGUGCAUCCAAGUUGCCACCUAAUUGUUGACUUUUCAUUUAUGCAGCAGGAGAAGUCGUUUGUAAUAGGGGCAUAGCUUGGCCAACCCUACAUCCAAACACAUUUCUGUUUCUUUCAAGCACAAUCUGAAACGCAACCUAAGUUACUCCUCAAGAAUCCCACAUCACCACCUCAAUCUCAGAAUGCUCAAGCCCCACACUAAUCUCACUAUCCCCAAAGUCCUUUUCUUUCGUGAAUACCAAAUUAACAUAGAAACAUAGAAAAUAGGUGCAGGAGUAGGCCAUUCGGCUCUUCGAGCCUGCACCGCCAUUCAAUAUGAUCAUGGCUGAUCAUCCAACGCAGUAUCCUGUACCUGCCUUCUCUCCAUACCCCCUGAUCCCUUUAGCCACAAGGGCCACAUCUAACUCCCUCUUAAAUAUAGCCAAUGAACUGUGGCCUCAACUACCUUCUAUGGCAGAGAGUUCCAGAGAUUCACCACUCUCUGCGUGAAAAAAGUUCUUCUCAUCUCGGUUUUAAAGGAUUUCCCCUUUAUCCUUAAGCUGUGACCCCUUGUCCUGGACUUCCCUAACAUCGGGAACAAUCUUCCUGCAUCUAGCCUGUCCAACCCCUUAAGAAUUUUGUAAGUUUCUAUAAGAUCCCCCCUCAAUCUUCUAAAUUCAAAUUAAAGUACUUGUUUAGAACCUUGCCUACAUACUCUGACUCCGAGCAUAAGUCCCCUCUUUUAACCUUGAGUCAUGCUACCUUCUCCCUAAUGACUCUAUUGUUUUAAAUAAAAAGCCGAGGGAUUCUCGUUAAUUCAACAUGCCAAUGACAUUUUGCGACCCUUCUGGCCCGCCUAGAUCCCUGCUUGAGUUCUCGUUUGCUUUCUUUAUAUUCCUCAAAGAACCUGUCUGUUUGCGUCUUCCUAAACCUUGCGGGUCUAAGCGUGGUUGGUUACACGUCGCCCACAUGUUUAAUGAGCAGCUUACUGUUGCUGUGUGACUGAUCGGCUUUGCCUGAGCCUUCAUCCUCUCCAGUUCCCCCUCUCACUCUGCAGGUGAAACACCAAUGGCAAAGGACGGGCAGAAGGUAGUGUUGAUUACAGGAUGCUCCUCUGGAAUUGGUCUAAAUCUUGCUGUCCAACUGGCCAAUGAUGUCAAGAAACAAUUUCAUGUUAUUGCUACGAUGCGAAACUUAAGUCGUAAAGGAAAGCUUGAAGAGGCUGCUGGGGAAAGACUGAACGAGACAUUACACAUCCAACAGUUGGACGUGUGCAGUGAUGAGUCGGUAACACAAUGCCUCAACAGUCUUCAAGGUGAAAGAGUUGACAUUCUGGUGAACAACGCAGGGAUUGGAAAGAUCGGUCCAAUAGAAAGUCUGAGCAUGGAAGAAAUGAAGAGUAUGUUCGACACAAACUUCUUUGGCGUUGUCCGGAUGGUUAAGGCAGUGUUGCCGGCUAUGAAGAGAAGAAAAAGUGGUCACCUUGUCAUGAUGAGCAGUGUGAUGGGUCUCCAAGGAAUUGUAUUCAAUGAUGUAUAUGCUGCCUCGAAGUUUGCACUGGAAGGAUUUUGCGAAAGUCUUGCCGUUCAACUUUUGAAGUUCAAUAUAUUUGUUUCACUGAUUGAACCUGGCCCAGUAAACACAGAAUUCGAAAUGAAACUAAUGAAAGAAGUGUCUUGCUCAGAAUAUCCAGGAACGGACUCUGAGACGAUCCAGUACUUUAAAGAGGUCUACCUGCCUGCUGCUCAUGAUAUUUUUAUGACAUUGGGGCAGUCGCCUGAGACUAUUGCGAAGGCCACUGUCAAAGUGAUAAAAAUGGAACACCCAGUUUUUCGUUACCAAACUAACAUGCUGUACACACCACUAACGGCAAUGAAGUAUGCCGACAACACAGGAAACCUGUCCGUUCGAACAUUUUACAACUUACUUUUUAAUCAUGGGAAUCUCUUCAAGAUAAGUUUAAACUUUCUCAGAGUUGUCACUUGCAACUGCUUUCGUAAUCAUGCAAUUUCACCAAACUGAUCACGAACGUGAAGAACUAGCUUUCAGGAAACAUCAAUGUCACAAGUAGUUGACAAAAAGCUGGAGUAACUCAGCGGGACACGCAGCAUCUCUGGAGAGAAGAAAUAGGUGACGUUUCGGGUGGAGACCCUUCAAUCAAACUCAGUAGCUCCAGCUUUUUCCGUCUGUCUCAGGUAGUUGAAUUGCAUUUUACACUUCUAUACAAAACCCUCAAGUUUUACAGUGAUUUUGCAAUUAUAAUGUUUCUAUGAAUUCUACAAAGUUACGCCCGUCCCACUUAGCAAACCUGAACGGAAACCUCUGGAGACUUUGCACCCCACCCAAGGUUUCCGUAUGGUUCCCGGAGGUUGCAGGUAGGGAGACUGACAAAAACCUCCGGGAACCGCACAGAAACCUUGGGUGGGGCGCAAAGUCUGGACUGGAGGGCGGCAGCUUCGACCACCCCAGGCCGCGGAGUUUGAACCGGCCCGUUCGCGGAGCUCGGUGAGCCGCGGGACUGUUUUACCAUCGCCCGGUGGGGUAUCACCUCAGCGCAGAGGGAGAAGAGGAGGGACGAGACUGCAGACCUAAGAUGAUUUUUGCCUCCAUCACAGUGAGGAGGUGCUUGGUGGACUCACUGUGGUGGAUGUUAAUUUGUGUUUACUGUCUGUUCUGUUGUGUAUUAUUGUACGUAUGACUGCAGGCACGAAAUUUCGUUCAGACUGAAAGGUCUGAAUGACAAUAAAGGAAAUUCAAUUCAAAGUCUCCAGAGGUUUCCGUUCAGGUUUCUUAAGUGGGACAGGGGCAUAAAGGGGAUAAAAUAUAUUGACAGGAAAAAGAUACAAUAAUUCUGUAACAGUAAAAAUUGGCUUAUGUAUUGAGACACUAGAACCUAUCGCCCCGGACCAUGAUGUACUUGAUAACCCCAAUGAUACACUUGAUCUAUAGGAUUAGUUUUUUUUUAAAGAGCUAUUUAACAUGUUUUUUGCAUACAGAGUUAUUUAUUGUCCUUAGCAUAAGUUGGGAUAUUCAGUUAGAUAGUUAGAUAAUGCUUUGGCUUCGGGCUUGGUUCUUAGUUGACCACUUAUCUUGGAGUUAUAUAGCAUGUACUUUGUGUUUAAUUGUAAUGUAAUUAUUUGUUCAAUCUCUAGGAUCCAAAUUCACACCCAAAAUGAAAUAAACUUCCUAACUCACUAAUCUGAUUAUUUGUAUUAAUAUAAUUAUAUUACUUUAUUGUUUUUAUAUGUUGACGUUUAACUUGUUGUAACUACCGGGGCGGAUGGGAAGAGGUGCAGAAAUUAAUGUCGUUUUCCAGAAUGCUGCCUGGAUUCGAGGGCAUUAGCUACAAGGAGAAGUGGAUAGUUUACUGUGGAGCAUUGUAGGAUGAGGGGAAACCUGACAGAGGUAUAUAAAAUGUGGGCAGUCAGAACCUUUUUCACACGGAUGGAAUUGUGAAAGACUAGAGGACAUAGUUAUAAGGCGAGAAGGGCACAUUUUAAGGAUGUACAGGAAAUGCUUUUUAAAAAAUAUAUACAGAGUUGUUUUUAAACCCGUCUUCUAAUGUGGUAAUUGUACCCUCCCACUAUCACUUCCGCCGUUCAAUAUACAGGCCGUUCUGUCUGUGGAAGUUAUCUCUCAGAUCCCCUUUAAAUCUUUCCCCUCUCAACUUAAGCCUACGCCCUCUAGUUUUAGAUUCCACCUUAUCUGUGCCAGAGAUGCAUAGUAGUUUCUAGGACAGAAAUCCCUUUCUUCAGUCCAAACACAAAGUGCUGGAGUAACUCAGCGGGUCAGGCAGCAUCACUGGAGAAUUUGGAUAGACUACGCUCUAGGUCGAGACCCUUCAGACCAGAAACGUUGCCUAGCUGUGUUCUGC